AAGAGGAAGAAAACACAAGUGCAACAUCUCCAGACUUCUCUUCCAGCUCUUGGUGUCCUCUUUUCUUCUGGUGGGAUUUCCAUUCGGUGUCUUUGGUAAGAAAGAUGACUCCGGCCAACAUCACCGGUGUAUCAAAUGACACCGUCGUGGAUAACAAAACUGCCACCACUAUAGGCGCCCUCAUCCUGAGCCUUGUCUUUCUCUUGGGCUUCCCUGGAAAUGUCUUUGUCAUCUGGAGCAUCCUGGCGCGUGCUCGAAAGCAGUCCGUCACCACUCUCCUCAUCGUCAACCUAGCUUUUGCUGAUGGCUCUCUGAUGGCUCUCACCCCGUUCUUCAUUAUUUACCUUAUUAUGAAGAAUUGGGUAUUUAAAGAAGUGAUGUGUAAGAUCCUGUUUUACCUGUGUCUGGCCAACAUGUAUGCCUCCAUCCAUCUCAUUAUGCUGAUGAGCCUCUACAGGCUGCUGGCAGUCUUGUGGCCGCAGCGCAUCAGCGCUAUCAACGGCCGGAGGACUGUACUGCGGAUGCUGGCAGUGGUGUGGGUGCUUGUGAUGGUCGCCUCUGUUCCUGCAAUUAUCUACAGAGACGUGAAGAAGUUUGGGAAUACCACGGUGUGCGAAUCAUUCCAUUCUUCAGAAAACCAUGUGGUCUUCCAGUACACGCUGGAGCUUGUGUUGGGGUUUUUAAUUCCCUAUAGCGUCAUUAUAGUCAGCUACAUCUGUAUCUUGCGUCGGAUCAGACAGACCAAAUUCCGCCGCCGAAUUCGCAGUGAGAAGCUCAUCCUGGCCAUCGUGUUGACUUUCUGCCUCUUGUGGUUGCCCUACCACAUCAUCAACAUAGUGCAGGUUACAUGGGCUUUGUGUCCAGAUGGUUCAGGAAAAAAACAGACGCUGCGUAAAAUAUGGCAAAGCAGUCGUGCUGUCACUUCCUCCAUAGCCUUCAUCAGCAGCUGUGUGAACCCGGUGCUGUACUUCUUCGCAGGAAAGUCUUACAUCCGGCGAGAAGGGUUGGCGUUCAUGGCCCGUUUGUUUGAGGGCACGGGGCUGGACUCCGCCACCAGGAAGAGCCGACAGAACAGCCAGAACAGCCGCGAAAAAGACAGAGAUAUUGAUGCAGUUAUGCUAAAGGACAAAGAUCCGGACUCUGUCACCAACUCCAGCACCAAUAACAAACCAGUGAAGAAUGGCAAGUAGAGGACAACAGGUGG